UGCCGCAUCAUUGGUAUCAGUGGGAGGAAUAGUGCCCCCAUCAUUGGUGUCAGUGGGGGGAAUAGUGCCCCAUCAUUGGUGUCAGUGGGGGGAAUAGUGCCCCAUCAUUGGUGUCAGUGGGGGAAUAGUGCCCCAUCAUUGGUGUCAGUGGGGGGAAUAGUGCACCAUCAUUGGUGUCAGUGGGGGGAAUAGUGCCCCAUCAUUGGUGUCAGUGGGAGGAAUAGUGCCCCAUCUCUGGUGUCAGUGGGAAGAAUAGUGUCCCAUCACUG